CUUGAAGUCGGGCGCCAUCCCGACGCGACUCUUCCUAGUCACGCUUCUCUCUCCCUUCCCACUUUUCCUUCAUCAUCGCCAGCUGCUUCCUCCUCUUCUCUUCUCUGCUGCUACUCUUCUUUCUUAGUUAAGAGGACUACGAACGAAGGCUCUUUCUCAAGCAAACCCUACUCUUAGGGAGAGAGAGAGAUAUAUAUAUAUAUAUAUAUAUACAUAUAUAUAUGUAAUUGCUUGCGUGCCGAGGAAGCCAGGAUUCCGUGCCCGUCACAGUGCCUUUGGCCCGAAGAAGAAGGAGCUGGGAGAAGAGGAAGGCGGACGCGAUCGAUCGCCUUCAUUUCUCUUGAAAUUUGUGCCUUCUGCUGUGCUCAUCGUCUCUUUCCCACUAUGACGGAGAAGUGCGUAAAGAACAGGGAAAGCUUUAACUGAAGUCUAAAUCUCUGGGCUUGGUCUAGGCAAGGAGGUGUGAGAUCCAAGAUAUGGGAUGCCUGGUAUCCACUCCAAGUGACAGCGGCGGAACUAGAAGAAGACCGGCCAAUGUCGGUGAAAUAGUUGUUUUUGUUCCUGGCCUGCGUAUCCCUAAAUCUUCAGAUUUUUCUCCGCUACAACCAGAAGGCUUGUCUUCAGAUUUGAUCCAACGCCUUUCAGCUCUCCAAACUGGAAUAGUUUUGCUGGCUGACCAAGAGAUGCAAACGGCCUCAAAGUCAAAGAAGAAAACGGCCACGCGACAUGGAGGGUCAACUCAGGCUGACCUUCAACAGCCCCUUCAACCUUAUCUAAGCAUGCUGUUGGGAUUAGUGAAUGAUGGGAACCGUCUAGAGCACUUGGUGGAGUUUGUGUGGGUCAACCAGGAAGAUGAUACAGAGAAAACUGGAAUGUCAAGUGCUUGGUAUGAGGUGCUGUCAGUACUACAUUUUAUGGCAAUGCUUUCACUCUCAGAGGCAAAUGCGCUACUUCUACCUAAAACAACCACCGAUGGUUAUCAACCAAAAAUAUCAGAAGAUAGCAAGCGGAAUUCUGUUGAUAUUUUCCUAAAAGCAGCAGGAUACCUAGAUUGUGCUAUUCAAAAUGUCAUUCCUCGAUUGCCUCCUGAUGUCAGGAAAAAUCUUCCAGUUGAUCUGACAGAAGAAGUGUUAAACGCUCUUUGCCUACAGGCCUUGGGCCAGGGUGCCUACAUACAACUUGGAAUGGCAAUUGAUAGUGCCAAGGCGACAUUAGCUGUAAAACGACGGCUUGCUUGUGAAAUGGUGAAGUAUUGGCAACAGGCUCAAGAAAAUAUCAUGAACGUGUCCUUGGCAAGUUACUGGGGAGACAAACAUCGGCUCUUUAUCAAAUGGAAAUAUGCUGAAGCAAAGGCUGCUGCCUACUAUUUCCAUGGACUAAUUCUUGAUGAGACAAACACGGAGAAGUCUCAUGCUAUGGCAGUCGCUGCACUACAAGCAGCUGAAGAGUUUCUCAAUGAAAGUAAAAAGGCCUCCGAGCAGUUUUCCAUGGCUCCUCCUCAAUCAAGCAGGAAUCCACCUCUCUGGGGGGCUACGAAGUAUCUAUACGAGCGGAUACCAAAAGAUGCUUCCUGCAGGGCUCGUACCAACAAUGAGCUCCAUAGUGGCCACGAAAAUUUCACAGAGAAGGCACCUCCGUUGCCGGACUUUCCUGUGGCUUUAAAACCCGAUGAUUUCAGUCUCCCUUCUCCAGAUGCAUCUUGGAAUUUGAAAGGGAACAUGCGUAAAGAGCAAAUCGGUGAAACCCGAAGUCAGUUCUAAUGAUGUCGCUUCUGGGUUGUCAAUCUGCGUAUGUCAUUUUUUGCACGUGUAUAGCUAAUCAAGACAGAACAUCAACGAUCCGGAACAAGUAAUCCAUGAGAUUGGUGCAAUUUCGUUUACAGCUUUGGCUUGAACUCCCGAAUGCAGAUCUGGUGUCUCCUGAGGCUGAGAAGACGAUGGUUCCCAGAACAGGAAAACAGGGACCGUAAAGAAGGGAACUAUGAAUGUCAAAUCAUUGAGCAAAGGAGAUUGAGUCUCUCCUGUGAGUCCUGAAAAUGAUCUUGUGUAGAUUAUCGAUUUUGUUUGUCAACUAUAUGGUAUUAUAUUAAGAAUCCUAUUUCACUUAA